UACAUAUGUCAUAAGUACCUAACGGUUAUAGGUUAUAAUAUAAAACGAUAAUUAUUAUAUAAAUAUGGUACAAAGUUUAAAUAACAUGAACAAGAGAAGAAGAUGCGAUUACCAACGACAAGAUUAAUUAGACACAUAUGACAUGUAUUCACUUUUUCGAAACCUUGUGCACGCAUGUAAACAUAUUUAUCAAAUGGUGGACAUUCGUAAACCAAGUUCACUCUUUUACUACACGAUACCAAUGUGCAUGAAGUUAGUCAAUUCCUGUCAACGUAAAAUUCGUUACAAAGGGCCAAAGCGUGCACGUUGGCAUGUUCAAUGCACAACAGUAUUUUGUUAUUUGACAGUGCAAGCACCGACUUAUCGAACAUUACAAAAUGACUGAUAUUAUACAAGGAACGUGUUUGUUAAUGUGCCCAGAGAAGGAACGUUGGAUGAGAGAGAGAGAAGGUUUGCUACAUAGAUUCGAAAUCGACGAGAGCACGAAGGCAAAUAAAAGACCAAAGGCCGAUCCAAUGAAAACUGUAAAAUGCUUCGGUCGUCCAGCAGCCGGGUUAGUUAUGACCGAUCCCGAUCAACUGCGUCCUGCACCCGUAUUGUUAUCAACGAUUAGAUACUUGUUCACCAGAAUAGCUACGCGAUCCGACGUCGAUUGGAUAAUAGUAUACGAUUUUAUCUUCGAUCGUUUGAGGGCGGUUAGACAAGACGUUGCGAUCCAAAGGAUUGAUAUUUUUACAAGUAUUCGGAUCUUCGAAAUGAUCGUUCGAUUUUUAGUUUAUUCUGCGCAAAGAUUAUGCGAUCGAAGUAUCUACGAAUUUAAUCCAAAAAUGAACUAUCAACACCUUUCUGAAUGUAUAACUCAUCUGCUUGUCCUGUAUGAUGACAAUGAUUUGAAUGACAAAGGAGAUUGCCUAGAACUUGAUAGAUGUAUGGAGAAGUUGAGCCUGUACGAUGAUAAACAGCAAAUGGAAGCGUUGUACAUUCUUUUAAAUAUGGGUAAUGUUGAAGCUUUAAGAAGAGCAUUAAAUCUCCCAAGCGAUUUAAGAAAAUCGUCAGACGUUCAAUUAUCAAUGAAAAUAUCAUUCGCCUGGUACUUGAAAAAUUACGCGCGUGUUUGCUCGUUGAUUCAACAACUUUCUCCCUUGCUCGUCUGCGCGGCUGUAACCAACUUACAAAUCAUAAGAAAAACAGCAUUGCAAAUAAUGAGCUCAGGAUAUAAUAGCAAAGUAUUGACAUUCCCGGGAUUGAAAUUACAAGAGAUUCUAUUGUAUAGAGACAUAGAAAAAGUCCGUGCAGAUUGCGAACUAUUCGGACUCGCGUUUACAGACCAAAAUAUUCUAUUUCAAAAAACGAAUUUCAAAAACGAAGUGCAAUCGACGAAUCCAGAAAUGUAUUAUACCCACCAAUCGCUACACAAUUUUUUACCGCAAAUUCUUCUUAAAUCCAUGUAACGCUUUUACAAUAAAAAUACAGAAAUAGUAUAAAAAGCACUAUACACUACAAUAAAUUUGUCAUUUGAAAAAUCCAGUUGUUUGUAGAAAAUGUAGUUCUCUCUUUAAUAACAAGUAAAUAAAGCUUGGUCCAUACUCUAGCAUUAUA